AUGAUGAUUGGUGGGAUUCUAUUGCCAGUAGCUUCUCCUGUAUGUUGUGAAAUGACGGACCAAAGCUCUCUUGAUGGGAUUCUAGAGUUUCUAAAGAGGAAUCGUUUCUCAAAGGCAGAGGAAGCUCUGCGUAACGAGCUGAACAACCGCUCUGACGACUUAAAUGGGUUGCUUCAGAAGCUUAAUCUCGAGGGAAAAGAUUCAAGUAAAGGCUCAGCAGGCGAAAGGGCUUCUGGUAAUGAACUUAGGAGGUCGGGUUCUCGAGAUAGUGAAGUCUCCAAGGAGCUGAUUGUGAAGGAGAUAGACUGCGGAACUGGCACGAAUGGGUCUGUGAUCAAAUGGGAAAAUGGUGAGAAACCGAGCAAGAAGGAAACGAUUGCGUCAAGUGAGAUGAGCUUCACAUUCUCCAAAAACUCAGGCGAUGCUGCUCCUCCUGAUACGCGUUCCUAUAAGUUUACUUCAGGUAAUGGCACCUUGGACCCUUAUCGAAACGUUGAUGGUAUUAGUGGUAGCAGCUUGGUGGAUUCGUAUGAAUUGGAGCAGUCGAGGCAUGGAAACUUGGCUGAUAUCGAUAAGAAGAUAGUGGAAACUGGUGAAGAUAUCGUUUUCUUUGGCAAUAAGACCGCUUCGUGGUCUGGAAAUACUAGUAAAGGGAACUCUGGAUCUAAGAUAAACGAGACAAACGAGAUUGAUCGGCUCAUUGAGAAUUUUGGGAAGCAUGAGAACUAUUUGGGUAGCACUCGCUUAAGAGCUGAAGAUGUCGUGGAUACAACCUCAGAGAGCUGGAAAGAGUGUUCUGUUAAGACUCUUUUUCAAUCUUCGAGAGCGAAUGCGUCGACCAGUUACAAUGUGGGUACCAGCUCGGACAAAAGAGAGGGAAAGAAAAAGGCAGACAUUAGUGAUGUGAGGGCGGCAAUCAAGGAGCAGGAAAGCGAGGUUGCAAGAGCUUUGUUCUUUGGUAAAUCUCAGUCUAGUUUUGAUGACAAGAACAUAAGUAUCUUAGGCUUUCCGCUUGUCUAUGAUACCCGUAAGGAAGAGUUUCCUAGGCUGCCUCCUGUUAAGCUCAAGUCUGAAGACAAUCCUCUGAGUCUUUACUGUGAAGAAAAGUUUGAGCGUGAUGGUUCAGGUUCUAGGCUAAUCAAUGAUGAAGAGGCCCUUCUCAUAGGUUCAUACCUUGACGUUCCAAUUGGACAAGAAAUCAGCUCAUCAGGUGGAAAAAAAUCUGCUGGGGGAAACUGGCUUUCAGUAAGUCAGGGAAUAGCGGAGGACGCUUCAGAUCUUGUUUCUGGCUUUGCUACCAUCGGUGAUGGUUUGAGUGAAUCUGUUGAUUACCGUAAUGAAUACUGGGACUCUGACGAGUAUGAGGACGAUGACGACAUUGGUUAUGUCAGACAACCUAUUGAGGAUGAAACAUGGUUUCUUGCACAUGAAAUUGAUUAUCCAAGUGAUCACGAGAAAGGAACGACCCGCGGAAGUCCUGAUCACCAUGGGAGAGAUGCAGCCAAAGACGAGGAUGAUCAGUCUUACGCAGAGGAGGCUUCUUAUAUAUCAGGUGAACAGUACCUGCAAGCAAAAGAUGCCGAACCUAUCUCUUCAGAAAAUGACCGAAGACUCACGGUCUCAGAAAUCUAUCCACCUAGCAAGAAAAAUGAUUUGAUAUCCCAAUACGAUGGACAAUUGAUGGAUGAGGAAGUUCUCAGUUCAAUGCGUGAUGAGCCUGUGUGGCAGGGGUUUGUAGCUCAGACAAACGAGCUUCUCAUGCUGGGUGGUGACAAGAAAGGCCAUCGAAAAUCUCAUCUUGAUGAUGUGUGCCUCGAAGAUGAUCAGCAUGAUUCAGUCAGGUCCAUUGGUGUGGGUAUUAACAGCGAUGCAGCUGAUUUUGGCAGUGAAGUGCGUGAAAGUUUGGCUGGAGGGAGCAGUGAGGGAGAUUUUGAGUACUCCCGUGAUCAUGAUGGUGUGACAUCCAGGUUUAAACAGCUUUACUCUGAGUCAGAUAAGAAACAUAGCAUUGAUGGAUCAAACAAGAAUAAACAGAGAGCGAAUAAAAAAGAUGGUCCAGAUUACAUUGUAGAUAAUGAUGAUUCAGGCGGGAGUUUUCAUGUGAAGAUUCAGACUGAUGGAGGUUUUUCGUUUGGCUCGUCGCAAAAAGAUGAUGGGUUGUUGAUGCAUGCAGAAUCUAGUAAAUCGUUAUGGUCAGGCAAUCAGAAAGCAGUAGCCAGAGACAAGAACGCUGAACGCUUGAGUGCUUCAACUGCUACUGAUGAUAUGGUUGCAACCUGGAGACGGAAAAAUAGCGAUUCGUCGAGUUCUCGAAGUUCCGUGAAAGAACAUAAUGCAACGUCCCUUAAAUCUGUAAACUCGUCUCCCUCUUCUCUGUCAAACUAUGCUUGCGAAGAAAGAAAGCAUACUGAUAAAGAAGAUGAUAGAGAUGAUAGCAGUGAAAGAGAGGAUGACCAUGCGACAGCACUUGAUGAUGAAGAGGCAGUGGCUGUCCAAGAGCAAAUAAGACAAAUUAAGGCCCAAGAGGAGGAGUUUGAAACCUUUGACCUCAAAAUCGUGCAUAGAAAAAACAGAACUGGUUUCGAAGAGGAAAAGAACUUUCACGUGGUUUUGAAUUCGGUCAUCGCUGGGCGUUACCAUGUCACUGAGUACCUUGGAUCAGCAGCUUUCAGUAAAGCCAUACAGGCGCAUGACUUACAGACAGGGAUGGACGUCUGUAUUAAAAUUAUAAAGAACAACAAAGACUUCUUUGACCAGAGUCUUGACGAGAUAAAACUUUUGAAGUAUGUCAACAAGCAUGAUCCUGCUGACAAAUACCAUCUUCUCCGGUUGUAUGAUUACUUUUACUACCGGGAGCAUUUGCUAAUUGUAUGUGAACUUCUUAAGGCCAAUCUAUACGAAUUCCACAAGUUUAAUAGAGAAUCAGGCGGUGAAGUUUAUUUCACAAUGCCAAGAUUGCAGUCAAUUACUAUCCAAUGUCUCGAAGCACUUCAGUUUUUACAUGGCCUUGGACUUAUACACUGUGAUUUGAAGCCUGAGAACAUACUGGUGAAAAGCUAUAGCAGGUGUGAAAUAAAAGUCAUCGACCUUGGAAGUAGCUGUUUCGAGACAGAUCACCUAUGCUCCUAUGUCCAAUCAAGGUCAUAUCGAGCACCAGAAGUCAUUUUGGGACUACCUUACGAUAAAAAGAUAGACGUGUGGUCUCUUGGGUGCAUUUUGGCUGAACUAUGCACAGGGAACGUUCUUUUCCAGAAUGAUUCUCCAGCGAGUUUGCUUGCAAGGGUUAUGGGAAUCGUAGGGUCUAUCGAUCAUGAAAUGCUUACCAAAGGACGUGACUCCCACAAAUACUUUACAAAAAACCGAAUGCUGUACGAGCGGAACCAGGAAAGCAGCAGAUUGGAGUACUUGAUACCUAAAAGAACAUCCUUGAGACAUCGGCUUCCAAUGGGAGACCAAGGAUUCACAGACUUUGUGGCUCAUCUUCUUGAGAUUAACCCAAAGAAGCGACCUUCUGCAUCAGAGGCACUCAAGCACCCUUGGCUUUCAUACCCUUACGAGCCAAUCUCUGCUUAA